UGGAGACCCAGCCGUUUGGAUAUGCUGUUGCAUGAUAUAGAACGCCGUUUAGAAUGUCAUCGGUUAUUAGCAAACCCUCGAGACAUAUUAAGAAGCGGAGGCGGAGACAAAGGAGACUUCUAUGAUAAGGAUGAUGCGUUCAUUGACGAUGCAGAGCUGAGUGACUUUGGGCUUGGGACGGAGUCUGAAGGAGACAGCAGCAGCAGCGAAGGCGAAGAAGAGGAGACAGCUGAAGCUGCUCUGCAGCUCUCUGAAUUUCUAUGCACUAAGGAGACACUCAAACCCAACAGCUCCGACUCGGAGGAAGGAGACACCGGCGAAGAGGAAGAAGAAGAUGAGUCAAUCAUAGACCCGCGGGGAUGGAGGGCCUUCAGACCCAGAAUCCGCCGUGCGUGUGCUGCUGGCCUUCCAAAGCACCCCGAUGACCUCGUCAUCAUCGACCUGCUGUUUGAUGCUUGGGUGGAGGCUGAUCGUAGCGAGAAGCGCCUGCAGCGUCAGCUAGAGCAGCAGCAGCAGCAGGGGGAUACUGCUGGAGAGCAGCAGCUGAGGAGACAGCUGGCUGCUGCUGCUAGCAGCAAACGCCUGCUGCUGCGAGCGUCUCCUCUGUGGCGUAUCGGGAAGUUUUUGCUCGAUCUGGUGCUGCUGUUUCACUUGAGACGAGGAGACGCGCAGGACUACGUGGAGCUUGCGUUAGGAGAGGAGACAGAUCUGUCUCCUGAUGCGCACAGAGACAUGUGUGUAUUUCUCUCUAAUUUGCUUCGUGCUGCAGUGGUGCGGCGGUUUGCUGCUGAGAAGCUGCAGCUGUCUCUGUCUCUGCAGUUCCUGAAGGCACUCAUCAACGCUCUCAAGGCUGAGCACGGCAUUGAAGAUUUGUGCGAACGGCGGAGACGCCGCGCGAGGCCGAAGACCUUCGCUACAAGUCUAUGUAGAGCAGCAGCAGCAGCAGGAGCAGCAGCAGGAGCAGCAGCAGCAGGAGAGGACGCAGCGCCAGCAGGAGCAGCAGGUGCAGCAGCAGGAGCUGCUGCUGCUGCUGCUGCUGCAGAGGGAUGGUGGGAAGACAGCGACGAAGAAAACGCCUACAGUGAAGAGGAGACAAACCGCAAUGUUAAUUGCCUCUCAGAAGCAAUGCAGCAAAACUAA